AUAGUAGGUCAAUUUUGAAUUUAGUAGAAGAACAAGGCCCCAUACGGCAAAUUCAGGAGGAGCAGGCACCGCCCAAGUGUAAAUAAUUUAAAAUUGACAGCAAAUCACGGACAAAGAAAUUAAAAAGCAAACAACUAAACAAGGUUACAAGACACAUUUCUCCACUACCGUUUUUCCUUGCUAACCGACGCCGUUUCAGUGGUAAAUCAGCUCGAAACAAGCUAGCUUCCCACUCUCACACUCAGCAAAUGAAAAUCACUCGCCGCCCAAAACAAGCACCGUUUCAGAUUCACCGUCACACGCCUUCGCGUGAGCAUAAUCACGAUCAACCGCGAGUGGACCAUCCCUGACGAACCCUGUUUCACAAAUUAACGAAAAUACAUUCUCAGCGAAAAUGGAAAAUCCCGAUUUUAAUUUAUCAGCUCAGCCCUUCCUCCGACAAAAAUAUUUUUCGAUCCCUCUCCGUUUCCCUCUCUUUUUCUCCCUUUGGAGGGAAAAAUACACUCCAAAAGCUUUAGCUUUCCCUCUUGUUUCUACUGGUAUCAAAUUUGGGAUUUUCAGCUGCUCACCUGCUCUCAUUGUCUCUUCGAUUUCACUUGAAGCUGCUGGCUCUUGCUUUUCUCAGCUGCGGGAGCAGUUAUCUUCAGCUCAGCUCACUGAUUUCUUCAGCUCAGAUUUGGUUUCUGGUCACAAGUACAAGGUGGAGCUUGUCUGGUUCUUUAUUGAUCUGGUGAUUGGCAAUCAUAUCUUGUGGAAGCUUAGAUUUGCUUUGGCAUUUGUGAUUUUUGAUUUUUGGUGUUUCGAAGUACUAACUCUUCAGUGUGAUAGUUUGUUUAUUAUCCAGAGGCCUAUACACUGGGGAGACCAUUCUGGAGAUUGGAAGGACACUGUUAAAAUGCAAACAAAGAAAAGAGUAUCUGGGAGAAAUGCUUCUCGAGAGCCUGCCAGUACCAGGGUUUCAAGAUCUCAAAAGAAAAUUUCUGAAAAUGCACAAGUUUCAGAGAGGAAAGCGAUAGAGCUAAUUGCAUCUUCAGCUAGAAAGCAGAGAGUUGCUGGUGCACUUCCGAAGAAAAAUGGAGAGACUGUUGCAGUGAAGAAUUUGAAGGCUAGGUGUAAUUUGGACUGUAAUAAGACUAAUGAUGCUUCUUUAAAAUAUGAGGCAACUGAAGAUGCUUUUGCGGAUCAUAAGGGUUCUUAUGAGGCAACUGCUCAUCAAAUGUCAGAAACUAUAUUUUCUCCAAGCUUUCACUUACCUAAGAUUUGUGGAGGGGAGAUUGCUAGUGCAGUUGACUUUAUCAAAUUCUUUCGGAGUGAAGAUGGCGCAGUAGAUAAUUCAGAAAUUAGUAGGGUGGAUUGUCUUACUACUGAAGAAGUUCCAAAAUCCAUUUCUGAAGAAGAGAUGCUAGCUGUGGACACAAAUGAUGUGAAUUCUUGUUGUAAUGCUGAUUCAGAAGGGGUUACUCUUUCAUCUGAAGUUUCAGCCAUAUAUCUUGCCAUGAAAAACUCAAAGUUGGAAUGUGUUGAUGAGCUUGGUCAAGAUCCUAUGUCAACUGAUGUUUGUGCAGAGGAUGAAUACUAUGAGGAAUUUGACGACUUUGAUCCAUAUUUAUUUAUAAAGAACUUGCCAGAUUUGUCUUCUGUUGUUCCAACUUUUCGUCCAGUUCUGCUCCCUAAACAGACCCGGAGUUGCCCUCCUACUACUCUUGUGUUGGACUUGGAUGAAACUUUGGUUCAUUCCACACUAGAGCCUUGUGAUGAUGCAGACUUCACAUUCCCUGUAAAUUUUAAUCUCCAGGAACACACAGUCUAUGUUCGCUGUCGUCCAUACCUCAGAGAUUUUAUGGAAAGAGUUUCCAGUCUUUUUGAAAUCAUUAUAUUCACUGCUAGUCAAAGUAUAUAUGCUGAGCAACUUCUAAAUGUGCUUGAUCCAAAGAGGAAGGUUUUUCGCCAUCGUGUUUUCCGUGAAUCCUGUGUCUUUGUGGAUGGUAAUUACCUCAAAGAUUUGACAAUUCUUGGCCGUGAUCUAGCGCGUGUUAUCAUAAUUGACAACUCUCCACAGGCAUUCGGGUUCCAAGUGGACAAUGGGAUACCAAUAGAGAGCUGGUUUGAUGACCGUUCAGAUCAAGAACUACUUUCACUGCUACCCUUUUUGGAGAGCUUGGCUGGGGUUGAAGAUGUUAGGCCUCAAAUCGCGAAGAAAUUCAAUCUUCGGGAGAAAGUAGCUGCAGCUGUCUACCCUCCACUGACUUCAAGCAGAGUCCUUUUUGAAAGUUGAACAAUGUGAGACUGUAAGCCUUUCAGUUCAUAUGUGGAGUGCUUUUAUCUUGUGUGCUCAGUGCCGUGUUGUUGUUGUUGUUGUUUGACAUUACUUCUAGGAAUACCAUUUCUCUUCAUUAGGGUUUUUGUUCCAAGACCUAGAGUUCAAGUCGGGUGUGAUUCCAAUCAGAAAAAAAGGGGAAUAAAUCUAUAGUGUAGCAAUGUAUCAAGCAGAUGAAAACAUUAACCAAAAAAAAAAAGAAAAAAGAAAAAAGUGGUUUGCCA